AUGGAUGGCCAGAAGAGAAACACUAAAGAGAUGUAUGAGAAGAUGGACACUUUGUUCAGCAAUCUCAACACCAAGUAUGAUGCUGUUGCCACUCAUGUGAAGAAACUAGAGACUCAAGUCACUCAAACUAACUCAAGGGAAGCUGUUAAGAGACAGGAAGCUGAAUCCAAGAAGUCCUUUUGCAACUCAGCCGCCAUAGAAGAAAGAUUUGAAGACCAAGUUCCAGAAUGGAUGCUUUCAAAACCUACUGUUGAUUGCAUGAUUUGGCCUGAAGAGAAUUACCCAGAGAGAGAGUCCAAUCGAGCUAGAAAGAGAAGACUCUUCCCAAAGAUUAUCCCCAAGACAGAUAACUCAGGAAAGUUUGCUGUGCCUUGUAUCAUCAAAGGUAACAUUCUUGAGCAAUCUUUGUGUGACACAGGAGCCAAUGUGAACAUCAUGUCUAAGAGGAUAGCUGACAAGAUAGGCCUCACCAAGAUAGAGCCAUCAUCCAUCUCCAUCAACUAUGCUGAUUCAUUCUCACAAACCCCUAUGGCUUUGUGCCUAAUAACUCUUUUGUUGACAUGGUCCAAGAGGAGAAAGCUUACUUUGAAGCCACCCCAAGAAGGAGAAACUGAAGAAACAAUCAAGGAAGAUCCCAUUCCUAAGCCCAAGCAGCUUGCCAAACAAGCAAGGAGUAAGACUAAGGCCCCUACACCAAAACCGCCCAAGGGAUCAACCAAGAUUGAAGAUGAGGCCAAGCCAAGAAGGAAGGUUAGAAAACCUAGGUCUGGCCGCAACAUGAAGCUUCUAUUCCCAAAGGAGCUUAUUGAUGAGAAUCUAGAAGGAUUCAAGGAGAAAGUGACAAGAACUCUAAAGCUUUUUCCUAAGGCAGUAGUGCCAAGGGACAUUCAUGGAGAGAUUGUCUAUCCAGCUGUGAAUCACCCACCAGAUACUCAUUGCAAGGAGAAAAGACUUGGAGGAUCAAAGAUGCCUCUUGUCUCCAUCUUCUCCUGA